UUCCCCUCAUAUCCACCACGAAUUGAUGAUAUCUAUCAAAAUGAAGCCAAACCUUUGUGCAUUCCUAUUAUUGUUCCUUCUCCUUCUGGACCAAUCCCUUCCCGCGAAGGCUGGUUUUCUUAAAGGGUCCCAAAACGUAUUCAAAUCGUUCCUCAGGGGAAAAUAUCCCUCAAAAUGGAUUGUAGACGUCGUGGACAUUUUGCUCAAACAAAACUUUUCUUCCCCACAACCAAACCAAACACCACAGCAAAUCAAAGGCUUGUCUCAAAUCAAAGAAUACUUUUACAACUAUGGCUACCUUCAAUACUCUGACCCAUUCGACGAUUAUUUGGACCAGCAAACAGUAUUAGCCAUCAGCACCUUCCAGCAAACUUUCAAUCUCCAAGUUACCGGCGACCUAAACAACCAGACUUUACAACUAAUCUCUCUACCACGAUGUUAUGUCCCCGACAUCAAUUUCACCUACGGCUUCACCCAAAACCUGUCGUGGCCCAAAGCCGGUAAUCACUGGUUCCAAAAGAACAACCUCACCUACGGUUUUCUUCCCGAAAGUGAAAUCCCCGACAAUGCCACCAAAGUGUUCGAACAGGCAUUCACGCGCUGGGCGAAUGCCACAGGGCGUUUGAACCUCACCAUGACAAACUACGAUGACGCAGACAUUAAGGUUGGUUUCUACAUUUUCAAUGUCAGCUUUGAUGGCGACGUGUUUGGCUACAGCUUUAUAAGGGAGGAACCUCCGUCUAACGUGAAGACGGCGGAGAUACGUCUGAACGCGAACAUGUUCUGGGCACUGCCCAGUGAAAAUAACAGCUUGUCGUGGGAGGAUGAAGUUCUGGACUUGGAGAGUGUGGCGAUGCACGAGAUAGGGCAUUUACUUGGACUUGACCACUCUUUCGUAAAUGACUCUGUUAUGUACCCUUACAUUUUGCCAUCACAACAACGAAAGGUAGAACUCUCGAACGCCGACAAGAAAAACCUUCUGCAACAGAAUGCUAACGUUGGCUCUGGCGGUGGUAGGUGUUUGGGAGUGCCUUCAGUCAUCACUUUGUCUCUGGGAUUUGUUUACAUGCUUCUUAUGUAUUAUUAAGUCUCCUCGUUAGUCUCGUACUCGCACGUUUGGUGUGUUGUUGAUUUAUAAGCUUAGUGGGAAGUAGUUUCCUUUGGAAUAAGAUUGAGGAAUGUGUUAGUCAAAUCCAAGAUGUUUUUCGUUUGAGUGGUGUGGAUGUAUGUUAUUGCAUGUAUGGAAAUAAAAAUGAUAUAAUUAUAAUUCAAAAAAGAAAAUACACU